GACAAAGCUCACUCCGCGGCGGGCCGGGGAGUGCGGGGCGCGCCGGGGCGGACAGCGGCGGGGAGGGGCGGAGCGCGGGAGGCGGAGGCGGGAGCAGACCAACGCGGCCGUGCGGAGCCGGCCGGGCCGACGGUGACGGGCCCCCCUCACCUCCUCUCCCUUCCCCUCCCCGCCCGCCCUCUUGCUCGCUCUUCUCACCGCACGAGCAGCCUCGGCGCUUGCGAGCAGCUCCUCUUUGCCCGAGGCGCGCGGGGCGGCCCCGCGAGCCCCGCGAAUGCUGCUGCUAGGGGUGGUGGCAGCAGCCGUGGGACGUGUGGCCGGGAGCGGGGGUGACAGCCUGGGAUUCCGGGGGCUUCUCUUCCUUGUCCUCCUCCUCCUCUCCUCUCUAUUCCCAGUGUGGCCGUGACUGACACUAAAGACUUUGUAGCCAUCAACCCGAGUGCAGUUUCGAUGGAAAAUGAAGGUUGCACGUUUUCAAAAACUACCUAAUGGUGAAAAUGAGACAAUGAUUCCUGUAUUGACAUCAAAGAAAGCAAGUGAAUUACCAGUCAGUGAAGUUGCAGGCAUUCUCCAAGCUGAUCUUCAGAACGGUCUAAACAAAUGUGAAGUUAGUCAUAGGCGGGCCUUCCAUGGCUGGAAUGAGUUUGACAUCAGUGAAGAUGAGCCAUUGUGGAAGAAGUAUAUUUCUCAGUUUAAAAACCCGCUUAUUAUGCUGCUCCUGGCUUCUGCAGUCAUCAGUGUUUUAAUGCAUCAGUUUGAUGAUGCCGUCAGUAUCACUGUGGCAAUUCUUAUUGUUGUUACUGUUGCCUUUGUUCAGGAAUAUCGUUCAGAAAAAUCUCUUGAAGAACUGAGUAAACUUGUGCCACCAGAAUGCCAUUGUGUGCGUGAAGGAAAAUUAGAGCAUACGCUUGCCCGAGACUUGGUACCAGGUGAUACGGUUUGCCUUUCUGUAGGGGACAGAGUUCCUGCUGACUUACGCUUGUUUGAGGCUGUGGAUCUCUCUGUUGAUGAGUCUAGCUUGACAGGAGAGACAACCCCUUGUUCUAAGGUGACAGCUCCUCAGCCAGCUGCAACUAAUGGAGAUCUCACAACAAGAAGUAACAUUGCCUUCAUGGGAACACUGGUCCGAUGUGGCAAAGCCAAGGGUAUUGUCAUUGGAACAGGAGAAAAUUCUGAAUUUGGGGAGGUUUUUAAAAUGAUGCAAGCAGAAGAAGCACCCAAAACCCCUCUGCAGAAGAGCAUGGACCUCUUAGGAAAACAGCUGUCCUUUUACUCUUUCGGUAUAAUAGGUAUUAUCAUGUUGGUUGGCUGGUUACUAGGAAAAGACAUCUUGGAAAUGUUUACUAUCAGUGUAAGUUUGGCUGUAGCAGCGAUUCCUGAAGGUCUUCCCAUUGUGGUCACAGUGACACUUGCCCUCGGUGUUAUGAGAAUGGUGAAGAAAAGGGCCAUUGUGAAGAAACUGCCUAUAGUUGAAACCCUGGGCUGCUGUAACGUGAUUUGUUCAGAUAAAACUGGAACACUGACAAAGAAUGAAAUGACUGUUACUCACAUAGUUACUUCGGAUGGUCUGCAUGCUGAGGUUACUGGAGUUGGCUAUAAUCAGUUUGGUGAAGUGAUCGUUGAUGGUGAUGUUGUCCAUGGAUUCUAUAACCCAUCUGUUAGCAGAAUUGUUGAGGCUGGCUGCGUGUGCAAUGAUGCUGUAAUUAGGAACAACACUCUAAUGGGAAAGCCAACUGAAGGAGCCUUAAUUGCUCUUGCAAUGAAGAUGGGUCUCGAUGGACUUCAACAAGAUUAUAUCAGAAAAGCUGAGUACCCUUUUAGUUCUGAGCAAAAGUGGAUGGCUGUUAAGUGUGUACAUCGAACUCAGCAGGACAGACCAGAGAUUUGUUUUAUGAAGGGUGCCUAUGAGCAGGUGAUUAAAUAUUGUACUACAUACCACAGCAAAGGACAGAACCUGACACUCACCCAGCAGCAGAGAGAUCUGUACCAACAAGAGAAGGCACGCCUGGGCUCUGCGGGACUCAGAGUUCUUGCUCUGGCUUCUGGUCCUGAGCUGGGACAGCUGACAUUUCUUGGCUUGGUGGGAAUCAUUGAUCCUCCUAGAACUGGUGUGAAAGAAGCUGUCACAACCCUCAUUGCCUCAGGAGUGUCAAUAAAAAUGAUCACUGGAGACUCACAGGAGACUGCAGUUGCAAUUGCCAGUCGUCUGGGAUUGUAUUCCAAAACUUCCCAGUCAGUCUCAGGAGAAGAAAUAGAUGCCAUGGAUGUCCAGCAGCUUUCACAAAUUCUACCAAAGGUUGCAGUGUUUUACAGAGCUAGUCCAAGGCACAAGAUGAAAAUUAUUAAGUCACUACAGAAGAAUGGGUCAGUGGUAGCCAUGACAGGAGAUGGAGUCAAUGAUGCAGUUGCUCUGAAGGCUGCAGACAUUGGGAUUGCAAUGGGCCAGACUGGCACAGAUGUUUGCAAAGAGGCAGCAGACAUGAUCCUGGUGGAUGAUGAUUUCCAAACCAUAAUGUCCGCAAUUGAAGAAGGUAAAGGGAUUUAUAAUAACAUUAAAAAUUUCGUUAGAUUUCAACUGAGCACGAGUAUAGCAGCCUUAACUUUAAUCUCAUUGGCUACAUUAAUGAACUUUCCUAAUCCCCUCAAUGCAAUGCAGAUUUUGUGGAUCAAUAUUAUUAUGGAUGGACCCCCAGCUCAGAGCCUCGGAGUAGAACCAGUGGAUAAAGAUGUCAUUCGUAAACCCCCUCGUAACUGGAAGGACAGCAUUUUGACUAAAAAUUUGAUACUUAAAAUACUUGUUUCAUCAAUAAUCAUUGUUUGUGGGACUUUGUUUGUCUUCUGGCGUGAGCUACGAGAUAAUGUGAUAACACCUCGAGAUACAACAAUGACUUUCACAUGCUUUGUGUUUUUCGACAUGUUCAAUGCACUGAGUUCCAGAUCUCAGACCAAGUCUGUAUUUGAGAUUGGACUCUGCAGUAAUAAGAUGUUUUGCUAUGCAGUUCUUGGAUCCAUCAUGGGGCAGUUACUAGUUAUUUACUUCCCUCCACUUCAGAAGGUUUUUCAGACGGAGAGCCUAAGUAUACUGGAUCUAUUGUUUCUUUUGGGGCUCACUUCGUCCGUGUGCAUUGUGGCAGAAAUUAUAAAGAAGGUUGAAAGGAGCAGGGAAAAGGUCCAGAAGAAUGUUCCUUCGACACCAUCGUCUUUUCUUGAAGUAUGAUGCAUAUUGCAUUUUUUAUUUGCAAACUAGGAAUUGCAGUCUGAGGAUCAUUUAGAAGGGCAAGUUCAAGAGGAUAAUGAAGAUUUGAGACUUUGAAACUUUUCAUUGACUAAAAAUGAACAUUAAUGUUAAAGACUUGAUUUGAGACUUUAACCUGCUGACAAGCCCAAAUGAAAUUAUGCAACUUUGAUAACAUAUUCCUUGAUUUAAAUUGGCUUUUGCGAUUGACUGGAACUUUAUAAAGUAUAUUGGGCAGUUAUUUAAGUAAAAAGAGGCAAAACCUGAACCACCUUCUGCACUUAAAGAGAUCUAAUGUACAAAUACACUAUCUAUCUUAGAUAGAUACAAAUAUUUUUUUUUUAUUUUUAAAUAUUGUACUAUUUAUGGUGGUGGGGCUUUCUUACUAAUAUACAAGUUUAAUCAAUUCAAAGGCAUUCUAUUUGGUUAAGAAGUUGAUUGCCAGGAGUGCCAUAUUUCAGCUACUGUAUUUUCUUUUUCCUGAAAUGUAAGCAGCUCAGAUACCUUGUGCUACCAUUUUUGUGUUUUAAGUUUUUUUUUUUGCACAGGAUGUGCCACUGUCAGAUCACUGUUCUUUUCUUUCUUUUUGUGAUUGAAAAGCAUAUACUGCAAUUUGAAGUAAAUGUUUGCUUUUCUUAGUAAGUGUAAAUGUUUUUCUUUUUUUCUUUUAAGGUGUGAGUCUUUGGUUUGGCAGAAUUAGUGCAGGGAUAUCAAGGGGCAUUCUAGUUAAAGUAACAGUGUCUGUGAUUAACACUUAGUUAUAGAGCCAGAACACUUAAGACUGGGGUGAAAUUGAUAACAAAUUAACAUGUCGUGUCGCCUUUUUAGUUGGAUAUAAAUACAUACUUUGUCAUCCCCUAAAUAUAAAUCCCAAGAAGUUCAGCUGAAUAACUGAAUUUUAUUAUUUUUUACUGUUUCAUAUGUGUGUUUUUAUGUAUCUUUCUUAGGAACUGCAGACUACUUAAGGAAUAAAAUAGCUCCAAACCCAAAUAGAUGCUUUAUGAGUCAGGGCAUCUGUGGAAGGUCCUGUGCUGACCUUGCUUCUUGUGGGUCUUCUAGGUGGCUUCUUUGGCCUAUGUUCUAGAAGGCACAGCCGGGUCUGAGCCUUGUACUUCUACUAUUUAUUCUCUAUCUUGUUGCUUCAUUGGGCACACUUGAGGAAUAGAUGGAUUUGCUGUGUGUAAUGCCAUCAGGUUUUAUAAAAGCUUGAUAAAAAGUGGGCAAUUUGAUGUGUGGCAAUUUGGGGCAGAAAUUUAAAAUUUGAAAUCCACUUUCCUACUGAAUAUUUCUUUCUAUAAACCAAAAUGGGUCUGAGAUUCUUACAGGAUUAUUUCUUCUGGAAGGUAGUGAGUUUUGUGUUUUAUAAACCAUUCCUAAGCUUUUAUUCAUUAUGAAAUUGCAAGUGUUAAUAACACUGAAAUAACAUCAUUGGUAGGAAAAUAUUAUUUUGAGUCCUUAUUACUGACACGUUAGGAGCUGAGAUGUCUACACUUUGCUCUUUACUCUUUCAUUCUGAACAGUCACAUGUACAGUGUUCUUUCUUAUUAGAUGGAACAUGGAGGCUGUUGUCUGAUCAACUCUAUCUUUGGUGACUUGAUGUCUCAUACCUAAAUUUUAUAAUGCUUUUCAUUCUCUUUUAUAGACUUGAAAUACAUAUUAAGUGCAUAUCAAUCUUUAUUGUUUUGCUAUUUAAGUUCAGUGUAUGACUUGAAUGAAAUGAAUGUGCCUGUCUUUUCAUUUGGUUUUUGAACUAUAAAAAUAAAAUGAUUUCUUUCCAGAAGUUGAUGACUUCCCAGUUAGUAUUGUUAACAUUAAAAUUUUCUGUAUGGAUGCUGAA